AUGCCCCGUUCUUCUCGCACAGGUGAAUUGAUAUACGACGCGGAGGUUGAGAAGGCAUCGCGUAAGCGGAGGCAAGAGACCAAGAGACGAAAGGAAGGGCACUUAUUUAUUGCAAACGAGUCAGUAGAAGACGAAAUAAACAUGGCCAACACCCAAACAUUAAGGGAGCUGGCUGCCCCGGAACUGACUCACCAGCCCUUGUGCAUCACAUUCCCUACUUUGGCUGAGAAUACGGCUUUCGAACUGAAGUCGGGGUUGAUUCACCUCUUACCUUCUUUCCAUGGUUUCUCUGGCGAAAAACCCCACAAACACGUCAAGGAGUUCGAGGUGGUUUGCUCUAGUAUGAAACCUCCUGGGGUCACUGAAGAGCAAAUUAGACUGAGAGCCUUCCCUUUUUCCCUCAAGGAUGCAGCGAAGGAUUGGUUAUACUACCUACCCGCAGGUAGUAUCACAACAUGGGCCCAACUUAAGAAGAAAUUUUUAGAAAAAUUCUUCCCUGCCUCCCGGGCUGCAAGUCUAAGAAAAGAAAUAUGUAGUAUUAAACAGUAUCCCGGGAAGUCCCUAUAUGAUUAUUGGGAAAGGUUCAAUAAGUUGUGCACUAGAUGCCCACAGCAUCAAAUUAGUGAACAACUAUUGAUCCAAUACUUUUAUGAGGGACUACAAACGUCCGACAGGAGUAUCAUUGAUGCAGCAAGUGGGGGAGCAUUAGCAAACAAAACACCAAGGGAAGCAUGGCUACUCAUUGAGUCGAUGGCAGAAAAUUCUCAACAGUUUGGCUUCAGUGAGAGUAACCCUACCCGUAGGGUUAAUGAGGUGGAGACGAUAUCUAUUCAGCAACAGUUGUCAGAGCUGACAUCCGUUGUUCGACAAUUAGCUGUGAGAAAUGUGCCCCAAGUAAAGGCCUGUGGAAUCUGCACAAAUAUGGGCCACCCUACUGACUCAUGUCCUCUGUUGCAAGAGAAUGGGGCUGAACAAGUGAACAUGACUGGAGGCGUGCCCGCGCCUCGUAGACAGUACGAUCCAUACUCCAACACAUACAAUUCGGGUUGGCGAGACCACCCCAAUUUCAGUUAUGAUAAUAAGCCACAUAAUUCAUUUUCUGAUCGUCCACCAGGAUUCCAGCAACCGUGGCAACAAAAGUCUCAACCCUCGUCCUCCAAUUCAGGAAGCUCUUUGGAGGAAAUUGUCAAGAGUUUGGCCACGACUACCACUCAGCUCGUCACAACCACCACUCAGCUCCAGCAGGAGACAAGGUCCUUAGUUGCGAGUACUACUCAGUUCAAACAGGACACCAAAGCAGGCAUGAAGGACAUGGAGAUUCGAAUGAGUCAAAUGGCAACUGCCAUUAACCGCCUGAAGUCCCACGUCUAUGGGAAAUUGCCAUCACAACCCGAGGCAAAUCCCAAGAAUGUAAGCGCCAUGACAUUAAGGAGUGACAAAGAGGUGGAAGGACCUAAGUUGGUAAAUUCGAAAAGCAAAAGUGAGGAGCAGAUAGAAAAGGGAAUUGAAGAGGAAGGGCAUAUUCGGAAAGAGUCUAAGGUAACAUCUAUUCCUUCGAUCCCUAUUAAAUCUGAUCUAGCUCCUUUUCCUUGCAGAUUGGAAAAGACAAAGGGGGCAGAAAAGGAAAAAGAAAUCCUAGAUGUGUUCCGCAAAGUUCAAGUAAACAUCCCCCUAUUGGACGCGAUCAAGCAGAUACCCAAGUACACAAAGUUCUUGAAAGACUUGUGCGUUAACAAAAGAAAGCUAAGGGGUGAUGAAAGAGUGAUGGUAGGAGAGAAUGUAUCAGCUGUACUUCAAAGGAAACUCCCACCCAAAUGCGGAGAUCCAGAAUUUUCUAAGUUUGCUUAUAGGGGUAAAUCCAAGGUUGCUGCGAACAAGUCCUAUAGGAUGAAAGCAAUUCAUGAGGUGAAAAUGGAGAGAAAAUUUAGGAAAAAAGUUGCACUCAAUGGCCAUGUGGAUCCUGGAGGAGGGCCACCAAUUACAAGGAAAAUUCAAUUACAUCCAAACUAA